UGGACUCGUCAGUUUUGGAUAUUGUGCCACGUGGAUGGAAUCUCGCGGCACUAGGGACUUUGCCACGUAAGGUCAUUCCGAUGGCGGUGGUGAGUCCCGUCAAGGGGCCGGUCGGGGCCGCGACCGUUUACGUUGGCAAAUCGGGAUUGUGUGACACACCCCCGCGCGUCUCUCCCACGUGGGCAGAUGGUCGCUGGAGGGUGGAAGGAGGGUUUCCUUGGUCCUGUGCCUCCUCGCUCGCCUCCCUCCCCUCCGCCUCCUCCUCCUCCUCCUCCCCCCCCUCCUCUCUCUCCUACUGCUCUCUGCAGCGCUACUGCUUUUCGCCGGUUCCGCGCUGCGGGACAUCGAGCAGGUUGUCCUCGUCAGGGAGGAGGAGGGGAGCUAGGAGCUGCCAUAGCUUCUAUCUCUCAAGAUCAAGAUCUCUUUCGCCCUGUGUGAAAUCUCUGAGGGGCAGGGCGGAUGGGAUCUCCACCGUAGGGGUUGUACCGGUAGGAUGGGUUGGGGGAUUUGACGAGGGCGGGGGGGAAGAAGGCGAGGAGGAGGAGGAGGAGGAGGAGGAGGAGGAGGAGAGAGUUAUCUCGAAGGAGAGGAAGAGAAGAGGAGGAAGAGGAGGGGACGGAAAUGGGAGCAGAGACGGGAGGAGGUGGAGGGUUGGGGAGUUCCAACUCUGCACCUGUGCAAGACCGCGGACUGGAAACAGGUUGAGACGGGGGUCCGAACACAGGUUUGGGAAGGGUGUCCAGGCCUGCCAAGGUCGAGAUGAGGGGGGUGGGGUGGGGGUGCAGAGGAGGUAUGUGCCACGUGGCAGCUUCGAGAGCGUUCUGCCACGUGGGAUGGCGGGGAUCACGCGAGGUGGCUCGGUGGCUGUACGGGCCACGUGGGAGGCGGACAGAGCGGUUGGAGAAGAAGGCAGGGGGGAAAGUUAUACCCAGGGAGGCAGUGUGAAGGGGGAACAAGAGGAGGAGGAGGAGGAGGAGGAGGAGGAGGAGGAGGAGGAGAAGGAGAAAGAGGAAGGGAAGGUGGAGGGAGAGGAGGAGGUGAUGACCUCGGGCCUGGAAGACGAGGUGUUCUUGCGAAAGGUAGCUAUGGCUCCCGACGCUGAGUCAGCACUUAGGAUGAUCGCUGAGAGAGGGGGAGAGAGAGAAGGUGGGGAGGUGACUUGUGAAGACUGCGGGCGGCUUAUCCUUGCCUCCCUGGCGGAGGGUAAUUCCGACUUAGCAUUCUCUGUGCUAAGUGCUAUGCGGAGCCGGCGGACUCAGCAAAGAAUAGAGCAACAGCGAAGUGCUAGAGAUCAAGAUGGAAGACACUCGGCGGUGCCACGAUGGCGAUGGGGUUUCCCUGAUGUGGGAGUCUAUGCUGCCCUCGUUAGGGGGCUGGCAGCGUCUCUGCGGGUGGCAGAUGCAAUCGAAGCUGUGGCUGACGUGCGUCGUCGGGGUGUUCCUCCUGGAGAUGAGGUGGGUUUUUUGGGGGGUGGGGUGGGGAAAGAGGAAGUUUUUGGGAACGCUGGUUUCUUCGCGAGGGUGGUUCGAACUCUGCGGUUAGUCAAUACGCCUCUUCCCGCCGCCGUUCACUCCGUGGUGGUCAGAUCUCCAAAUGGUGUCGCUCGGACUCAUCGCUUUGCAACCGCCACCGCAGAGGUACCUGCACAGGAGGGUGAGAGAGUAACAGUGGCAUCUGCUGCACCAGAUGGCGCCAGGCGGACGUUGAUGGGGCCGCUUUCGACAGUCUCAAGGGCCCCAGGCUGGCGGUCAGGCGAGCCGAUGUCCAUCACCAAUCAUAUCACCGGUCGAGUGCUGUCAUUGCAACGAGCGCCACCGGAGGCAGGGAGCGGUGCUUCCACAGACUUUUCACUGCUUGUUCCUGCGGCGCUGCUCUUAGCUGGUAGUGAUGCGGCCACUGGUUUGAUUGACCCGUCUCUCCCUCGGCUUGUCGCGAUAGGAGCUGGGAUAACACUGGCAGCCGGCGGGAUUGCGAACACAUUUGUGCUACCUCGGAUAAACAUGUUGCCACAGAGAACGGUUGAUGCUGCUGCAAUACGUCAGGAACUUUUACGUCAGCAUGAAACCCUGCAACUGCGCCUGGAGGAAUUGACUUUGGCUGCUUCUAAUGAGGUGCGCAUGCUGGCAAGGAUGUGCCAAUUGCAGAAUAAAAUGGAGGCCGUUGGUGAUUCGUCUGCUUACAGUGCUCGCAUGGAGCGUGUGCGCAACGCCAGAGAAGGGCUCGACAGGAGGUUAUCUGCGCGCCUGGAACUCCUUGACAACUAUGCAAGGAUCUUAUCAAUGAUCGAAAUUGAGAUCGAGAUGAGCAACGAUGUGGUGGUGGCUGAGGCGGCAGGCGCUGUGGCAACAAUCGCUGAACAAAUUGAACGGUUGAUGGAGGUGGAAUCACUGCAGAAGGAAUGGCAAAUGCAAGCAGAAGCGAAUGACGAGGUCGAACGUCUGCUGAGACAAGUGCCUCCACUUCCGGACUCUGCCUGAGAAUCUCUUACUUACUACUGAUUUCACCUCCUAUCCUAAACUCCCUCUGCCUGCAUGUUCAACUGUCAGGAGCCUGUGCAUACCUCA